UAUGAAUAUAACGGGUAUUGGUAACGUUGAAGAGCAAGAGGCUGUUCAAUACGAGCAGAUGCAAUUUGGUCCCGGUCACGAAAGAACAGUUUAUAAUUCACAUUCGCAAUUACCAGAAAAUAUUGCUUACGGUCACAAACAGAGAUUGGGUGCUGGAUUCGUCCCAAGCCAUGGACAACACCUGGUCACUCAUAGGCGUCAACAGCAAAUAAGCAUGGGAGAAGCUCAAUCUUUAGUAUUGUCGGGUACAAAACUAUCCUCCGCUUAUGAUCACUAUUCUCCACCACUGCAAAAUCCCAACCAUAUGUUAGAGGAGCAAUGCAAUAUGGUCCAAGGUGCGGCAGCUAAUAUUCAACAAAUGCCUGUGCAGCAACAAGUCGUUCAGCCACAGCAGCAGCCUCCUCCCAACUACGGUCAUAUGAUGGCUCAAGAGUACGACAUGUACAGUCAAGAAAUGACGCCAAGAUAUUUUCAUCCUAACAAUGGAACAAUAUAUCCACAAGAUGGUAAUGCACCUGCAACAGAUACAGUACAAAUGAUGAGUUGUAAUAUGGAGCACCAAAGGAGUCAAAUUCACAGAGGUACUUUUCACGGCGUGAUACCAACCUUUGAAGAGACUAUAACAUCAUUACCAAACGCAUAUCAAUACCACGAUGGAAGUAGGACUCUAGCGAAUCAUAGCGGACAAGUUUAA